UCUUAUUGGGUAUCCUUUGGAGAUUGUUAUAUAGAUUGAAAAUGAAUAUGGGAAUAUUCAAAGCAAGUAUGGUCAAGCAGGCAAGAGAUAUAUGCAAUGGGCAGCUCAGAUGGCACUUGGGCUUGAUACUGGCAUUCCUUGGGUGAUGUGCCGGCAAACUGAUGCUCCGGAACAAAUUCUUGAUACUUGCAAUGCAUUUUACUGCGAUGGGUUUCAGCCAAAUUCUUACAAUAAGCCAAAGAUAUGGACUGAGGAUUGGGAUGGAUGGUAUGCCAACUGGGGUGGACCAUUGCCUCAUAGGCCUGCCAAAGACAGUGCUUUUGCUGUUGCUCGUUUCUACCAACGUGGCGGAAGUUUACAGAAUUAUUAUAUGUAUUUUGGUGGAACAAAUUUUGCCCGAACAGCUGGUGGUCCACUUCAGAUAACAAGUUAUGAUUAUGAUGCUCCAGUUAACGAGUAUGGUUUCUUAAGGCAGCCUAAGUGGGGACAUCUGAAAGAUCUACACACAGCUAUCAAACUUUGUGAACCAGCUCUCAUUGCAGUGGAUGGCUCGCCUCAAUAUGUAAAGUUAGGAUCAAUGCAAGAGGUUUGUUGCCGAUUUUCUUGCUUUUGAUUUCAUAAGCUAUGU